CCAAAAUGUAGCAUUUUGUUAAAAUUACCUAGAAUCAUUUGGGAAUUGAGGGGGUGUAACAGAAUACAAGCCCUAGAAACAACAAAACUGAAGGAAUUUAAAGAAUCUCCUGUGAAAUCUAUCGCUGUAGGCGAAGAAUUUAAAGUUGUCAUCUCAAUCUAAAGCCAGACAAGUACUCAAAAAUUGAUAUGUGAAUAAUCUGAAACCCAUAAGAAUCUACUGUGCCGUCCAGCUUUAAGGAUCAGUCAUUAACUUACUUUCCCUAAGCUUCAUUUCACUACUCUCUCAAUCUAAAGCCAUUCAAGUACUCAGAAUUGGUAUCUCAAUAUCUACUCGAAAUUCAAUCAGCUGAAGCUACAUCAGAUAUGAAGCCGAAACCACGCUCUACAUUUGUCAAUCGCCAAAGGGCAAAAGAAAUUGCGACUGAUGCAGUGAAUGAAAGACUCAACACCGUUGCUCCCAAGAAGAAUAGGUCGUCAACAACUAAACCAAGCCCUGCAUUCAUCAAUGGCACAAUGGGAAAAGAAACUAUGACUGAUGGAGUGGAUGAUAGACUAGGCGCUGUAACUUGUAAGAGGCAGAGGACGUCAACAACAGUACCAUGGUCUGCAUCAUUCAUCAGUACUGAUGCAGUGGAUGAAAGACUCGAACCCGUUACUCUCAAGAGGCAUAGGUCAACAACAGCACCAUGCUCAUUAGUGAAUGGCCAAUGGGAAAACGAAAUUGUGACUGAUGCAGUGGAUGUAAGAAUCAGCGCUGUUGCACUCGAGAAACAGAGGUCAUCAACAACAAAUCAACGUUGUGCAUUUGUCAAUGGAGGAAGGGAAAAUGAAAUUGUAACUGAUGCGGAGGAUGAAAGAAUCAAUGUUCUUUCUGACACUCUCGUUGCUUGGAGCGAUAUACGAGAUGAAGAUGCUGACAUGUUUGAUGCGGAUGAAAAUGGUGACAUGCAACUGGAGAAUGACCAUGCAACUGACACUUAUAACGAGUCUAACAGCGAAGACUACACCGGUACUAACCCAGGAAUACUCAUAACGAGUCUAACAGCGAAGACUACACCGGUAGCCGCCAACAGAUUAUAUUCGACAAAUAUGGGCGUUAUUGUGAUGUCGGGUCAGAACAAUUUGCAAAUGCUAUCGGGAAGAUAG